AUGGAGAUGGUGAAAAUGAACGAAGAUCUGCUAUGCAUCCGUGCUAAAGAAGAUGUGACACCACUUCUCGCUGCAGCUAUGCGUGGACGUAGGAACAUGGUUUCAUAUCUAUACUCUGUGACUCCUUUCCAAGAGUUGACUACUGUAGAACGCCUUACACUCCUUCUAGCAACAGUUUCCACUGAUAUGUAUGAUGUAGCCUUGAACAUUCUAGAAAGGGAUCCAAACCUAGCAAUUGCCAAAACUGCAACGUAUGGAAGAAUAACAUUGAAAACAAUGAACGCGGUGGAUACUAGGAGUACUUCAUUUGCCCAUACUGUGUAUGGGUGGAUAGCAUUGGGGGAGAUGGCGAGAAAACCUUUUGCAAUUGGCAAAAGAAGUCAAUUAGCAAUCUGGGAAAGAUGCCUCAAGUACAUCUGGUUCAAGGGGUUUUAUAAGAAAGCUUUGAGGCGGACAUUAGCUCAUGAAUUAGUUGAAGUUCUUUGGGAGAAGGUUGGAAUGUUGUCGAUCAACCAGAUGUCAUCAAACCUGGUUCAGCAUCAUAUGACUUUACUCAUUGAAGCUGCAAAAGUAGGGAAUAUUGAGUUUCUAAAUAUUCUUAUACGCUCACAUCCUGAUCUCAUAUGGCAAGCAGACGAACAUGGAAAGACUUUACUUCACAUUGCUAUUCUUUAUCGGCAAGAGAGUGUAUUCAAUCUUAUAUAUGACAUAGCCGCUACCACGAAUUCCAUUGCACUCUCUAUUGACGAAAAAAAUAACAACAUGCUACACCUAGCUGGAGAAUUGGCUCCUUCAAGUCGUCUAAAAAUCGUAUCAGGAGCAGCCCUUCAGAUGCAGCGGGAGUUGUUGUGGUUUAAGGAGAUAGAAAAAAUUGUGCCUCCUGCAUAUGUGGUCAAGAAGAACCUAGACGACCAAACACCUAGAGAUUUGUUUACAAAGACACAUGAAGGUUUAUUGAAAGAUGGUGAAAAGUGGAUGCAGCGCACGACAAGCUCUUGCAUGCUAGUGGCAACACUUAUUGCAACUGUGGUUUUUGCAGCAGCCUUCACUGGGCCGGGCGGCAAAAGUCUAGAUAGUGGCACUUCUAUCGUUUUGGAAAGUAACUGGUUCCUAUUAUUUUUCAUAUCAGAUGCAGUAGCAUUGUUAUCCUCUUCAACUUCAAUAUUAGUUUUCUUGUCAAUUCUCACGUCACGUUAUACAGAAAAUGAUUUCCUUAGAUCAUUGCCUACGAGGUUGCUGCUUGGACUCACUGCACUCUUCAUCUCUAUAGUAGGCAUGGUGGUAGCCUUUAGCGCAACCUGUUUUUUGAUUUAUAGCAGAGAAACCUCAAGGGUUCCGAUUGUUAUUGCUGCUUUGACUGUUGUCCCAGUUGCUUUGUUUGUUCUGCUACACUAUGAGCUCUGGAUUGAUAUUAUGCGCUCAACAUACGGGUCUAGGUUUCUUUUUCGGUCAUAUAAGCGUAGACUCUUCCAUCUUGGGGAAGAUGACGAGUGGGCAAUUUGGCAAUAUAAAUUCUGA